AUGGCUCCACUGCCUGUCUGCUCUGCUGUCACACUGAACGCCAGCCGCUCUGCUGGACGAGCUGAGCAUCCUGCUAGCCAUCGCUCCAGCGAAGUGUUAGAUGAUAAACUGGAUGACCUCUGGCCUCAGCUUCCAACAGGAUAUCAGGAGCCAGCAGAGGACUCUGCCAAUCCUAUUGAUGUCCUGAAGGUCCUGGAGCUGUCGGAGGACAUGGAAGGCGUUUCAUUGGAGUCAGGACUGUGUACCAGCAGGCAGGGACGAGAGGAGACGGACCUCUCCUAUAAGAUCGAUAAAAAAAUUCAACUGAGCGCUCCCACCAGUCAACUCUUCCCUGAUUCGCCAUUCCCUAUGAACUUCUCAGUGAUGACAACAGUCAGAGCUGUGAGAGGCUCACAGGUCUUUCUCCUCUCACUUUACGACUCGCAGGGCACACAGCAGCUGGGUUUGGAGAUCGGCCGUUCUCCUGUCUUCCUGUACGAGAACCACGAGGGUCAGCCACCUCCAGAACUUUACCCCACCUUUAGAAAGAUCAACCUGGCUGAUGGCAAGUGGCACAGAGUAGCUUACAGUGUGGAGGGCCAGUCAGUGACUCUCUACCUGGACUGUGUCAAGCUGGACACCCUGGACCUGCUCAGAGGUCACCACCCACAUGUCAGCAUCGAUGGGGUCACUGUGUUUGGAACACGACUGCUGGACGAAGACGUAUUUGAGGGAGAGAUCCAGCAGCUGCUGAUUGUCAAUGACCCCAGGGCAGCAGAGACGUACUGUCAGGACUACAUCCCAGACUGUGACGCACCUUUGCCUUACAACACCAUAUUAGUGGAGGCUGAGGAGGUGGAGAGAGCACCUAAGAAACAUGUGCCGGAGGAGUUUGAGGAGUUUGACUACAGUGACCUCUACGAAGACAUCUCUUUUUCCACGGUGACCUCAGGUCCUAAUGUCACUGAGUAUGAGAUCGUAGAGUACGAAGAUUAUGACAACACAACAGAUUACUACCAUGUGAACGAGUAUGAGUACGAGGACGAAUACGAUGAUCGCUACGGACCAGCUGAGAGAGAACGGGAGUUCUCCCUUAACGCACAGGAUAUACCAGAGAAAGGACAGAAAGGAGAGCCGAGCUAUUUGGGACCGGGGACACAGAUUACAGGACCACACGGGCCUCCAGGACCUGCGGGAGAACAAGGGCCCUCUGGAGUCACAGGACCAGUUGGACCUCGAGGAGACCCCGGGGAGCUGGGCCCUCCCGGGCGCCCAGGCCUUAAUGGAGCUGAUGGGAUACCAGGUCCCCCAGGAAACAUCAUGCUCAUUCCGUUCCAGUCAGGCGGUGAUCCAAAGACAGGCACUGUGGUCUCUGCACAGGAGGCGCAGGCUCAGGCCAUCCUGCAGCAGACCAAGCUGGCUAUGAAGGGACCUCCAGGGCCACUUGGCCUCAGGGGAAGACCUGGACCACUGGGUGCACCAGGUUCCUCUGGGCUAAAGGGGACUUCUGGAGAUAUGGGGCCUAUGGGUCCUCCGGGACAGCCAGGCAUGGCAGGUCAGAGCGGGCGACCCGGGAAAAGGGGUCGAGCAGGUGCAGACGGGGGUCGCGGUGUAAUAGGAGAGCCUGGAGCAAAGGGGGAUCGAGGGUUUGAUGGUUUGCCAGGUCUCCCUGGAAACAAAGGACAUAAAGGGGACAGGGGUAAGCCGGGCCCUGUAGGUCCUCCUGGAGAGUCAGGAGAAAAGGGCUCUGAGGGGCCAUCUGGGCCAAGAGGACAACCAGGUGAUGCUGGCUCCAGAGGUCUGAAUGGCCCCAGAGGUCGUCCUGGUCCCCCGGGCCAGCCUGGUAUUCGAGGAAUUGACGGGGUUCAAGGCUCAAAGGGAAACAUAGGAGCCCCAGGAGAAAUUGGAGCACCUGGACAGCAAGGCAACCCUGGGAUUGUGGGUUUUCCUGGUCCUCAGGGGUUAGUCGGGCUGCCAGGAGAGAAGGGGCCUCAAGGGAAGAAAGGGGUGCAAGGGCUACCUGGAAACGACGGACCUGCUGGUCACCCUGGAAGAGAAGGGACUCCAGGUGAAAAAGGACUGCCUGGUCCUCCAGGAGUGCAGGGACCUGUUGGAUACCCCGGACAAAGAGGAGUUAAGGGAGCAGAUGGAAUCAGAGGACUAAAGGGAAGCAAAGGUGAAAAGGGAGAAGAUGGUUUCCCAGGAGCCAAAGGCGAGAUGGGAGCAAAAGGGGAUGUCGGGGACAACGGAGCUCCAGGUGGCAGAGGAGAAGACGGGCCUGAGGGUCCCAAAGGACAGAUGGGUCCUCAGGGAGACGCUGGCCAUGCUGGGGCUUCUGGAGAGAAGGGGAAACUUGGAGUUCCUGGGCUGCCAGGAUAUCCAGGGCGACAGGGUCCGAAGGGCUCUGAUGGAUUUCCUGGUGCAGUGGGAGCUGCAGGAGAGAAAGGAAAGAAAGGUCCUGCAGGACAACCAGGAAGUGCAGGCCAGAGAGGUCCAAAUGGUGCACGAGGUGGCAGAGGGGCAAAAGGACCAACGGGGAAACCAGGAGAAAAGGGCGCCUCAGGACAUGAUGGACCCCCAGGAUCUCCUGGAGAACGGGGACCUCAAGGGCCACAAGGAAGAAAUGGAGAGCCAGGACCUAAAGGCUCAAGUGGUCCUGCAGGGAAGGAUGGACUUCCAGGUCACCCAGGUCAAAGAGGAGAGCCGGGUUUCCAAGGGAAGACAGGACCACCAGGACCCUCAGGUGUUGUGGGGCCACAGGGAAAAUCGGGCGAACCCGGUCCAACAGGGGACAGAGGUCACCCAGGGGCACCAGGUGUCCCUGGAGAGCAUGGUUUACCUGGGGCAGCUGGGAAGGAAGGUGGAAAGGGUGAUCCAGGUUUACCGGGAACAUUUGGGAAGAAUGGUCCUCCAGGAUUGAAAGGGUUCAGGGGGAGCAGAGGAGCCCCUGGGAUUAUGGGACCUCCUGGACUGAAAGGAGGGUCCGGACCUAAUGGAUCACCAGGAGCCAUAGGGCCGACAGGUGAGAGGGGCCCUCCGGGACCAGCAGGUGCCAUCGGACAGCCUGGUCGGGCCGGAGCAAUCGGAGGACCUGGACCAAUGGGAGAGAAGGGCGAGCCUGGAGAGAAGGGUCCGAUCGGACCAGCAGGUCAGGAUGGUGAACAGGGACCGGUAGGGAUGCUUGGGGCUACGGGCCCUGCAGGACUUCCAGGAGAUGACGGAGAUAAGGGAGAUCAGGGAGAGCCGGGGCAGAAAGGCAGCAAAGGAGACAAAGGGGAAGCUGGCCCUCCAGGCCCCACUGGCACUCAAGGUGUAGUUGGUCAGCCAGGACUUCCGGGUGCAGAUGGGACUGCGGGGCCCCCGGGCCAGCAGGGCAUGUAUGGUCCAAAAGGAGAUGAAGGACUGCGUGGCUUCAAGGGCGCCAGAGGACCAAUAGGAUUACAGGGGAUGCCCGGCCUACCAGGAGAGAAGGGUGAGAGUGGACAUGUGGGGCUAAUGGGUCCACCUGGUCAACAAGGUCCAACUGGUCCUCAAGGACCUGUUGGGGGACUGGGUCCGACUGGUCGACUCGGGAUGAUCGGACAGCCAGGUGUUGUUGGAGAGAAGGGGGAGGACGGCGAGGCAGGUGACCCUGGACCAGUUGGUGUUCCAGGAGUGCUAGGAGUAAAAGGAGACCAGGGGGAGAAGGGAGAUACAGGCCCUUCAGGAGCAGCCGGUCCUCCAGGAGCCAGGGGUGCCACAGGGGAGGAUGGAGCCAAGGGCAACUCUGGUCCUCCAGGUCUUACUGGGGACCUCGGACAACAGGGAGAGGCAGGACCCAAUGGUGUGGACGGUCUGCCCGGGACUAAAGGAGACACUGGAGAUCCAGGAAAAGCUGGACCUCCAGGAGCGGCAGGGGAACCAGGACCACCUGGACCUCCAGGGCGAAGGGGCCAUUUGGGAAAACCAGGAAAGGAAGGGAAGGCAGGCUUGAAAGGAACAAAGGGUGCACCUGGUUUUGAGGGUCCCAUAGGGAAGACAGGGCCCGUAGGUGCCCAGGGACAGCCUGGGAAGCCUGGCCCUCAAGGUUUAAGAGGAAUCCCCGGCCCAGCAGGUGAGCAGGGUUUAAAUGGACCACCUGGCCAGACAGGACCCCCAGGUCCCAUGGGUCCACCGGGAUUACCAGGACUAAAGGGAGACCACGGCAAGAAGGGAGACAAGGGUCAUGGAGGUUUAAUAGGUCUGAUCGGGCCACCAGGAGACAUCGGAGAGAAGGGCGACAGAGGAUUGCCAGGCAACCAGGGACUGACGGGUCCGAAAGGAGAUGAGGGUCCAGUUGGUCCGCCAGGUCCCCCCGGCCCCCCUGGUCCCACUGGCCUGUCUGGUGCUAUUGGCACAAAGGGCUCUAAAGGAAACCAGGGUCCAAUUGGUCCAAGAGGAGACAUUGGGCCUGCAGGACCUCCAGGACCACCAGGAUUGCCAGCAGCUGGGAUGUCCCCUCUGCCAGAGCGAGGACGGAGAAGGAGAACUCACAACUUGGUGGAUGGUGCAGCACUUGAAGAGGAGGAGGAGGCAAACCGUGGUGGAGAGGAGGACUGGAUGCAGGGGGACCAGGCGCAGGACGGUUGGAUGAAGGAGAAGGAGGGCCAAGGCAUGGAGGAAGUGUUUGCGUCUCUGUCCUCUAUGAAAAUAGAUGUGGACGGUCUGCGUAACCCACAGGGAACAUACCACAGCCCCGCCCGCACCUGCAAGGAGCUGUGGUUCCUCCACCCAGAGCUCCCCAACGGUGAGUACUGGAUAGAUCCAAACCAGGGUUGCCAUAGAGACUCCUUCAAGGUGUUUUGUAACUUCACUGCACAUGGAGAGACGUGUCUGUACCCUGACAAGAAGUUCCAGUCGGUGAAGUUGGCAGCCUGGAAAGGGGAAAAGUCGGGCACCUGGUACAGUAAAUUCAGGAAAGGAAAACAGAUUUCCUACAUCGGGUCGGACGAUGUUCCAGUCCACGUGGUACAGUUGACCUUCCUGCAGUUGUUGAGUGCGACAGCCAAGCAGACCUUUACCUACCACUGCCUCAACUCUGCCGCCUGGCUGCACGCCGCCACCUACAGCCACGAGCACGCACUCCGCUUCAGAGGCGCCAACGGGGAGGAGCUCACACACGAGAACACACAUUACAUCAGUGCGCUGUACGACGGGUGUCAGACGCGCUCGGGGCAAGAGAGGACAGUUUUGGAAAUUGAUGCUCCGCUCUCCAACACGCUCCCCAUCAUCGACGUGGCUGUGCCUGAUUUUGGGAAGGGAAACCAGAAAUUUGGUUUCCAAGUGGGCCCGGUCUGCUUCAAUGGUUAACCAAGGCGGGCGAUUUCAACGGGAGUAAUUUAAUAGGAAAAAGAGCCAUGGACACUUUUUACAUGCAGGGAGAAAACUACUUUCAAGACUUACCUGGUGCCGCGUAUUUAUAAGUUAAUAUACCUACAACAGUGUUCCUUCACCUACACAUUCAUUUUUUUAUUCACACAUUCAUUCACUCUCCUAAAUUCAUCUUAUUCAUCUCAUACAUUCUCACAUAUUGUGUUGUCAAGAGCAGUGCAUAAAUGUAUUGACUGUCAAACAUCCUCCGUUACAUUUUACUUUUCUGUCAUUCCUCUCUGAAGGACUGAGUGGUGCUCUCACUGUUCCAUCCACGUCUGUUCACACAUUUAUUGAUCUAUGCACUCAAUUUCCACAUUUACAUAAUCACAAACAAGUCUCCGAACAGUAUGAUCACUGAAUCAUUCUCAAAAAUUUCAGCAACACUCACUCACCAUGUGGUUCUGCGAUGUCAUCAAACCUCAAUUUUCUGUGUUGUUUUUGUAUGUUGUCGUCUUUUUGUUGUUAUGAUUAUCUGUUAUGUGAUGUAUAUUGGAGUGUAAUUCAUCACGGUGCUAAUAUGUGGCUCCCUGCGGAGCACAUGUCUUUGUAAAAGGGGACUGGGGCAGUGCAUUUUUUUUUAUAUAUAUUGUGAAGCUGUGUUUUAUAUUUUUUCAACAUAACAAACCAAACUGUGGUACAUGAUUGCCUUGAGGUCUUUCUGUGCAUAGUUGUGUGGGGA